AUGUUCCAGAGACAAUCGUUUGAUUCGAGAUCCAUCGCGGGAGAUUGGAUGAACAUGUUGGAUGAAGAUCUGGCUGGAAAUCCCCGUUACCAUCACCCUGACGGACCGAAAUCAGGAAUAAGACCAAAUUACCCUCCACCAGAAAAACGUGGGUUGAGUCGCAUUAAAAUUAAAAUGGAAAGGCAAACUCCUUCAAAUGAGAAGCAUGCAAAUUCUGAAGAUUACUACGCCGAUCUACUUACUGGCGUGCAGACAGGCAGACAGGCAGACAGACAGACAGUUAUGCGUGACAAGCAAGAAUGCGUGACGCUGAAUCUGAAUGCAGUGACGUUUAACAAACUUUUAUUUUUAGAUUAA